GUGGUGCUGCUGAGCUGAGAGGGUGAGAAGAUAGAAAGCUGGAUGUCAGUGACGACUUUCAGUACUGAGGUGCACAUCCCUCUGUGCUCCUGGUCGAGUCAUCAGGGAACUCUCUUCAAGAAGUUCAACAGCUGGAUCUGAUCAACAUGAACAUCCUGCAAGUCCUGGGACUCCUGCAGCUUCUGGCUGUACCUGCUCUUACACUGACACGACCAACCCAUGACUACUGGGGAGAGUUCGGACCCUAUGGACCCUGCAGCCGAACCUGUGGCACAGGAGUGGCAAUGAGAGCCAGGAAAUGUAUUACCUCAAGGACAGAUGGAGGACAUAACUGCAUAGGAUCCUCUAAGUCCUUCCGAACCUGUAAUACACAUGAAUGCCCAGUUGGAUCAAGGGAUUUUCGAGAGGAGCAGUGCUCCCAGUUUGACAGAGUGGACUUUCAAUCAAAACGCCACUCAUGGGUGCCUUACUAUGGAGCAACCAAUCCAUGCGAACUGAACUGCGUUCCAAGAGGGGAAAAUUUCUUCUACCGACACAGACCUGCAGUGGUAGAUGGGACACCAUGCUACGUGGGCCGCACCGAUAUCUGCGUGGAUGGCGUCUGCAGGAUACUGACCCAUGGAGAGUUUAUGGGUUUGGAUGACGACACGAACUCUGUUCACUCCGUCGCUCCUGUUGUUGUCGCCCCUCAUCCAAGAGAGACGCUCACAUACAUCUACAAAACUGGUGUCUAUGGAGAGUGCUCUGCCACCUGCAAUAGGGGCAUGCAGUAUCGUAGCGUGGAGUGCUGGGUUCAGGACCACUCCAACCCCCGUGUGGUGGAAGAGACUCAUUGCAUUACCCAGCGUCUGCAGAGACCUGCAAGUCAGCAGGCCUGCAACAUGCAUCCAUGUGCUGCAGAGUACAGCGUGUCCAGCUUCAGUGUGUGUUCAGUGACCUGUGGUGAGGGACAGCAGACGAGGGAGGUUCACUGUGUGGGACAAGGAGGUGAACGCCUGGCUGAUCAUGCCUGUAGUGGACUGACAAGACCUCAUGCUGUCCAGGCGUGUCGUCGACCUGCCUGCCACACACACAUAACCUGGCAUGUGACAGAGUACGGACUGUGCACUAGAAGCUGUGGUGGUGGUGUGAGAGAGAGGAGGGUCAGCUGCUUCGAUACAGAUUUGAACCCUUACCCAGACUCUCGCUGUGGAACAGCUAGCAGACCCAUUUCUGUGGAGACGUGCAACUCACAGCCCUGCCCCGGAGCACAGAUGGUCCCAAGUGUGCAGGACCCAAGGGCAGUUGAAAGCACCGUGAGAGGAUUUGUGCCCCAUGUUCCAGAGACUUCAGCUCAAAGACCAGACCCAAACAUGGUGUACGAGCCCUACCCUGGUGUGGUGGGUGCUCACUGUGAGCAGUCAUUGUACGGCUGCUGCCCUGAUGGUUACACCUCUGCAACUGGACCUAGACACCAGGGCUGCUCACAAGAUGACUGUGUUCGCACCAGGUUUGGUUGUUGUUUGGAUGGAGUGACACCAGCUCGUGGAUUUGGAAGGACUGGAUGUCCUGAAUACCAGACGACUGUGGUAUCAUCUCCUCCUGUUGCUCCACCUUCUGGUAACGUCUGCUCUCUGCCUCGUGAUGAGGGCCCCUGUGAUACCUGGAAGGUCCGGGUCUACUAUGACUCUGUUGCUGCCAAAUGCACCGAGUUCUGGUACGGAGGCUGCCACGGCAACGGCAAUAACUUUGUGUCCCUGGAGGCAUGCCGAAGACAGUGUGCAGGAGGGAUGAGGGAACCUGCAGUCUCACCACACAGAGACACCCCAAGACGAGGAGCACUCAGAAGCAUUCUGAGAGCAUUCUGAGAGCGAGGGCAUAACCAUGUUCAGCAACAAUACCUCCAAUAAAUGGGAUAGCUAAUGUGCCCCCUCUAUGACUAUCUAUCUAUCUAUCUAUCUAUCUAUCUAUCUAUCUAUAUAUAUAUAUAUAUAUAUAUAUAUAUAUAUAUAUAUAUAUAUAUAUAUAUAUAUAUAUAUAUAUAUUUAGAUAUAUGAAGACACAGACAAUCACGCAUUGUAACACUAACCAUUUAAACAUCUGAAACAGUUACAAAGAUAACCAUUAUACCUGACAUAAUCACAGCUAUUGGCUCUAAUUACACUAUCUUUUUUAUCUUUGGAAUAUUCUUUGUAGAGAUCAUGAUAUUCAUAUGUGUAUUUUGCCUUAUGGUCAAUGACUAAAAUAAAACAAUGUCAUCGUGAUUACCCAACUUAAGUCAUACAUCCAAUAAAUACAUUUUCAGCUUUCUGGUAACUUUGAAA